ACUUUGACAGUAAAUACGUGGAAGUAAAUAUGCAAAACUGAUGUGAAUGCUCCAUCGCUCACAGUUCUGAUUAAUAUUAUAGUUAUAAAUUAUUUAUCUUGGUACUAAAGUAGAAUUUAGGAUCGAUAACGUAAAACAGUGUUCUGGAAGAAUGGCACCUACGAGAAAACCUAACGAAGGUCUGCUGGCAAGGGUUAACUUUCCAUUGUAUGCGAUCGAAAUGUUGACCAGCCGACACGUCCUAGUCGCUGGUGGAGGUGGUGCCUCUAAAACCGGGGUAGCCAACGGAUUCGAAAUCUAUGAGAUUUAUCACAACGGUGACCGCUAUGUAGCAGAUGAAGUGGUUCGACACGAAACGGGUCCAACGGUGGUCAUGAACUGUGCCAUCCGGAAUGAUGAAAAACGAACCUUGCUCCUAGCUGGCCAAGAAAGUCACUGCCAAAUGUAUCUAGUGAAUUCGAUAAUAACUUCAUCAGAUGGUGACUUCGUAGGUGGCACGAAAGCUGAUUCCAUAGAUGGACUCCGAAAACGUAAAAAUAUCUCCUAUCAACCGCAAGCCAACGGUCAAGCUAAUCAUCAAACUCCAAAACAAAAAAAUGUUGAAGGACGUGAGAAUUCGAAUAGCAGGGUUAAAAAACAAAUUCGCUUUGAAAUCAAAACAGGGGAUUCGGUACAAACUGACUUCACUGAGUCGGAACCAUUGCAACGAGUCGUACGCAUUAGUCCUAAUGGGCGUAUUAUGGCUACGGGUGGAAUGGACGGACAUUUAAGGAUAUGGAAUUUCCCUAAAAUGACCUUGCUGUCCGACAUUGCAGCUCAUACUAAAGAAAUUGAUGAUAUAGACUUUAGUCCAGAUAACAAACAUAUUGUUUCAAUUGCCAAAGAUGGGCUCGGAGUAAUAUGGUCAAUAAAUCCAGACAAAGAGUCUCGGAAGUUAACCUGGAAUCCGCCGGAAGGAAUUCGCUAUCUGAUGAAACGCUGCCGAUAUGGGGCUAUUGAAGGUCAAAAAGACAAGCACCGACUAUUUACGUUGGCGAACCCGUUCUCGAAGUCGGGCAAAGCCAAAGGACUUCUCCAGCAAUGGAAUCCAGAGACUGGUCGGCUGACACGGGUUGUAGAAAUUGAUGAAUCACUUGCAGCUUUGGCUGUGCGAGACGACGGUCGUUUCGUUGCCAUUGGAACAAUGUUUAGCGGUUCAGUAUCAAUCUACAUUGCAUUUAGCUUGCAGCGGGUGCUUCAUGUUCCCAACGCCCACGCUAUGUUUGUGACAGGAUUGCAAUUCCUUCCUGUUACUAAUUUCGAUGGUCCAUCGGUUACUGGAGACACUGAAGCGGCUGUUCUAUCUAUCUCAGUGGACAAUCGCGUUUGCGUUCAUAGUUUGCAGUAUAGACAUUCUUUACCAGCCUGGGUAGCUGUUUUUGCAAUCAUACUGAUAUUGUUUGUAACGUUUUGUUUCUGUUCAUACAUUGGGCUGUGAAUGGUAAAGUUCAUUAUAUAGGAACAGAAGGGUGUUAGGUAAUCGCUGUAUAGUUUAUAAAACGUAGAAACAGACAAAUGAAAUUGUUUAGGGAACAAAAAUUGCUAAUAUAAUCACUUUAACCUUAUUGACGCGAUACAAGCAAAUGAUAGCUCAUUGCAAGUGAGAUGUUAAUUUAUUUUACUGUCUUAGUACACUCUAUCGUGAAUAUAGAAAAUAAUACAAUUGCACUGAAGUGUAAAAUAUAUAGCUCGAACUGAACGAAUCCUAUCGUAAACUGUUUAUUAGUUUAUUUCAGUGAAAAGCUGUUUUGCAAACUAAAAGAUAUAGUUUCGAAAUUACUACUGUAUAUAAAUAAUAAAAUACACAUUUGUUUCGAUGUGUUUAGUUCAAGUAUCAGUUUUCACAAGAUAGCCGCAACAAAAAAAAAACUAUUACUUGACAGAAAGUUGAGGAGACGAUCGUUAUCUUCAGUUACGGUAAAUGUUCCGAAACAUAAAUAGUAUGGUUCUAUCCUAAUUAAAUAAACACCUCUUGAAUUCUACAUUGUUCGAAAAAUCGCGAUCAUCCCAACAGUGUUGAACAGUUUGACGUUUAACUGAGUUUUACAGCUGAGUCUUCAACAAUUAGCUCGACAAUUGGUUUGUUUACUGAGAGUUUGGCCAUUAUUCUGCCUAUUCUAGACGUGCAAUGUGACAUAUCCGAUAUAUCGAAUCAAUAAAUUACUUUACACUUCGGGUAUUGUUAUUAAAAAAUAAA